CACCAAUCAGUUUGUGCUGACAAUCCCAGCUCAGGGGACGCGCCGACGCAUUCUCCGUUUCAGACACACACGGCGGAUAACGCGUUCAGUGACAGCUCGUGCGGGGAGGGGGGUCCACGGGCGAAAAACGUUUUCAUGUGCGUUUUAUCAUGACAUAAGUGUUAUUUCUUUGGCAUACGAGUACACAUUGUUGUGUUUAGCCGAUGUGCGAAAGAGGAUAGAAUAUCGUUUUUUUUUUUUAUAGUUAGGAGUGAUUUGACAAAAACACGAUGGCAGAGUCAGGCUCUACAACCUACAUUCCAUUGGAGAUAAAGAAGACGCCUUCCCAUCCUUUCCUUCGAGAAAACAACUUCACGCUUCUCAGGUCAAGUAAAUCAGGUAAUGACACGAAGCGCAUGCGUGGACCCCGACGAGUGCUGCGGCUGUGCAUGUUUGCCCUGUUGCUCCCUGCUCUACUGAUCACCAUUCCGCUUUACAUGCGCAUGGUACUGUACCCGCCAAGUCAAUAUCCGAUGAUGCCUACUGACCAGCGUCUUCUCAGCCGCCACGUAUCCUCUGUAUGGUGCCAGGCACAGCUGACCCGCAUGAACGGAAGCUUCACGGCCUUCCUCGCGCCGGAAACCCCCCACAUCCUCAACUCCCCCCGGGUACAUGCCAUGAUCCACUCGAUCGCCCUGGGGGACGACGUCAAGGAGUACUGGGGCUUCCACCUCCUCAAGGGAUCCAAGGUCACCGUGUCCGCGUGCUCGAGGUACGAUGGGGCGCAGCUGAUGAUACUACGAGGCGUCGAGAACCUCCGUCGGUGUGCUUGGAUUGGCGAGGAAGACUCCAGAGAAGAGGAUGAUGAUCUGGAAAAUGAGGAAGUGUCAGAGAAUAAAGAAGGGAUAAAAGAAGAGGAAGGAGUAUUGGAAGAAAUGGAGAAAGAGAUAGAGGAGUCAAAUCAAGAACACGAGAUGAAUGCAGAAGAGGCAAACGUGAAUGGUCUCCCGAUGCCAGAAAAGAAAAUUCCUGAAUCCGCUGAACAAGAGAUCGUGGAAGAGGUACAGCAGGACCCGACGAACCACAGCGAGCAAACUAAUGGCGAUAAAGCGGACGAGAUUUUACAAGCAAGUCUGGAUGAAACACAUCCCAGAGAGCAAGUAGACACGUCAGAGGAGAGGCGACAGGACCUGCAGCAUCUGCUGAGGCAGGCGCUGAGCAUGAGCAAAGACAAGAAAGAAAUCUUACGGAUCCUUCAUUCGGUGGGGCGGGAAAGGGAUCAGCCACUUCCUCAAAGGAUCCAGCAGAUCCUUGGGGUGACGCCCACAAGCAGCCCCAGCCGGCGAAGAAAAUUUCAGCCGCAAUUGUCUUUACUCAGGCAAGAAAGAGCUAUUGGUAUGGAAGAUGACGAUAACGCACACGAGGUUUUUGACGAGGAGGAGCCUACUCGGCCGACCAAAGUUGCUGUGAAAAGGCCAUCGGAAAACAUCGAAAAAAUCGUGGGCGGCCAAAUUUUCCUUCCCGAGGGACUCAACUUCGAGAGAGGAAAGUUUAACCAAACGACUCCCAACGACGGCUCGGACGAGGAGAACGUGUCUUCCUACUCGAGCAGCGAAGAGGCGCUGGCCAGCUGCGACGGUGUCAUCAUGUCCCUCCCGCUGGUCUCCUACCGCGGGUGCAAUAUUCGCUGGACAGAAAUCAAUAAGUUCACCUACGACAUCCCCGUCACUGGGACUUAUUACUUUGUCUUUUCUAGUGAGAAUGAGAUAAAUGAAAACAAAUUAUUCUUUAACAUAACGUUCGAAAGGAUGAUUUACGACACAACAAGAUCUGCUACCGUGUGCGAAAACAAAACGGAGUGCCUAGUGCCCCUUUCCUUCUGGUCGAACGACCGUGCCGUGGUGGAGGUGCCAGAGGAAAGCACUUGGGAUCAUUCCUAUGUCAUGGAUACCACAUGUGAGCCGCGUGUGGCCGUUUACCUCACUUUCAUCCUUCUCGUGCCAUUUGUAAUACUUUUAUGUGCCUUCCAAUAGCCUUUUAACUUUCAAUAGAUUUUUAUAUUCUUUUGUCAUCUCAGUUAUGUCUUCCAUUUGAGUGCCUUCACAGUGUCUUAACAUUAAUCAGUGGUUCUCACGUGCCUUGGGUGCAUGAGUCGUAUAUAUAUAUUUAAGCAGCCACUCUUUCUACUUUAGUUAGUCUUGGGUUUGAGCUGUAUCAGGCAAUGCAAGUGUAGUUGAUGUAUCCGUUAUUUUUAAGGAGUUUAUUUGUCCCAUUUCAGCUACAAUAUUAUUAUUAUUUUUUUUUUUUUUUUUGUCAUUUAUUCAGUGUUUCCAAAUGAUCUCAUUCGACCAUGAUUCGUCAGUCUUUUUUUAUGGUAUCAAUCAAAAGUUGAAUAAUUUAAAUUGUUUCAAAGGGAAUGGGAUAAUGUUCCUUAACUGAAGCAUAUUAAAGGAUGAAUACUCAUUUUACCCUUGAGCAACAUGCAAAACAGUCUGGAGUUGUGGAAUGUGUUAAGCAAUAUAGUGCUGAUAUGGCUGUGGUUUGUUGACUAUUUUUUCUUAUAAGUAUGUAAAAUGGCUGUGCGAAUUAGAUAUAGUUUGUUUCUGUAGUUCCAAUGUGUAACGAGUUAGUAGAUACUACUCUCUUGGUCUUUAUGCUUCCUUACCUGAACUUCCCAUAAAAUUAUUUAUUUAACGUAAGGAAAACACUGUUCCUUUGCUCGGAAAGGCUUCAGCCAACUGUGUUAAGCCAAUGAUUUAUGUUCACCUUUCGAUCAUUUAUGUAUGGCCAGUGCUGUGGAUUCGCGGAUGAAAAGUUUCUAGUCUUUGUAAAUAUGAAGAGUUUUUACUACAGACUGUACAGCGCUUUUAUCAAAUAAUUGAAUUCUAGACUGGUGGCCCAAGUGUCAACGCUAGUUCUGCUAUUUACUGGAACAGGAACAAUGUAGUCUACGUAUUCACAUGGCGCAUGUUCAUUAAAGCUCACGCACAUACACGCGCGCGCGCGCACACACACACACACACACACACACACACACACACACACACACACACGCACACGCACGCGCACGCGCACGCGCACGCA